AUGCAGCAUCCGCAAGCAGCUGAUGAAGCGGUACCCACAUCAUUUGCAUCCACCGCCGCCGGAGGUCCACCUCCGCCGCCGAUGCCGCCGCCGACCACCGCGGGCACACUCUCGAACAGGGCUCUCCACGCCCGCCUCCUCCGCUCCGGCGCCCUCGACGCCGACCCCUCAGCCGCCGCCCCGCUCGCCGCGUCGGCCGCUAACUCUUCCCUCCCCUACGCGCUCUCCCUCCUCCGAGCCCACCCCUCCACCUUCUCCUACAACACCACCAUCCGCUCCCUCGCGCACGGCCCCCGCCCCCACCUCGCCGUCGCUCUCUACCGCUCCAUGCUUCUCGGCCCCCUCUCCAACCCCAACAACUACACCUACCCGCCCCUCCUCGCCGCCUGCGCCCGCCUCCUCCCCGCGAGCUCACCCACCGCAGCAGCCGCACCGGGCACCGCCGUCCACGCCUCCCUCUUCCGCCGCGGCCUCGACUCCCGCGACCGCUUCAUCGGCGCGUCACUCCUCUCCUUCUACGCGGCCGCCGGGGACCUGCCCGCCGCACGCCAGGUGUUCGACGCAAGUCCCCCCGGCCAAAGGGACCUGCCUCUCUGGAACUCGCUCCUCCACGCCCACCUCUCCCAGGGCUUCUACACCCACGUGCUGCGCCUCUCGCGCCAGAUGCCCGCCGCCGACGAGGUCACGCUGCUCGCCCUCGUCUCCGCCUGCGCGCACCUUGGCGCGCUCGACACUGGCCGCUGGGCGCAUGCUUCCUAUGCAAGGACCCGCCGGAGUACCACCAGGAAUCUGGGCACCGCUCUGCUCAACAUGUACAUGAGGUGCGGAGAUGUCGAGAGCGCGUGGUCCGUGUUCCGGGAGACGCUCGACAAGGAUGUCCGGACGUGGAGUGUCAUGAUCGCCGGGCUGGCCAUCAACGGGCUCCCCAGGGACGCGCUGGCCUUGUUCGCUGAGAUGAAGAACACAGGCGUGGACCCAGAUUCCAUCACCAUGACCGCCGUGCUGAGCGCGUGCGCCCAUGCUGGCAUGGUGGAUGAGGGCAAGAAGUUCCUGGACUGUAUGCCUGUCGAAUAUCGUGUGCAGCCCACCAUAGAGCAUUAUGGCUGCGUCGUCGAUCUGCUUGGUCGAGCAGGGCAGCUGGAGGAGGCAUUGGCUCUCAUUAAGGCUGUCCCGUUCCAGGCUGAUGUUGUCCUAUGGGGUGCUCUCUUGGUUGCCUGUAGGGUUCACAAGAAUGUCGACAUGGGCGAGAUGGCUGCCAUGGAGAUACUCAAGUUGGAUCCUCAGCAUGCUGGGGCAUGCGUGUUCUUAUCUAAUGUCUAUGCUGAUGCUGGGAAAUGGGACCUUGUACAAGGGGUAAGGAGCUCAAUGAAAGAACAUAAGAUAUACAAGCCUCCAGGAUCCAGCAUUGUUGAGCUAAAUGGUGUGGUUUACGAGUUCUUGUCCGGGGACCGUUCACAUCCUCAGUGUGAUCGAAUAUAUGCAAUGCUUGAUGAGAUUUGCAAGACUUUAAGCCUCAAGGGCUACAAGCCUUUAACUAAAGAAGUCACCUUUGACGUUGAUGAGGAGGACAAAGAAGUUUGCAUCUCGCAGCACAGCGAGAAACUCGCGCUUGCCUUGGGACUCAUAAGCACGACAAGAGGGGCUGUCAUCCGCAUAGUGAAGAACCUGAGAAUCUGCGAGGAUUGUCACUCUGUCAUGAAGAUAGUCUCAGAGGUCUACGAUCGGGUCAUAGUUGUCAGGGAUCGAAACCGAUUCCACCACUUCAAGAACGGCUCCUGUUCCUGCUUGGACUAUUGGUAG